GCAGCGGGACGGCCUCGCCUCGUCUCUAGACCGUGAUGUUACGACUUUCUGGUACUGUAACGCAGUAGGCUUACGCAUUGUCUUUCUUUGUAUUGGAAAAUAGCCAAAGAUCUAUUAGAAGCCUACACUGGAUGCGAUGCUUCAGCUGAACGACACCGUUGAGCCGGAGAGCCCUGGCGCUGCGAUACUACACCCCGUCGUUGGUGAGGGUGAAGAUGGGGUGGAGGUAGCCUUUACACCGCCAGGGGCCGUAUCCAGUCGGGGUUUUGGCUCAGCAGUCGCCUGUUGUUCUCCCCUACAAACCCUUAAGCCUUUCCAUGUCAACAACCCAACGAUGCAAGCAAAAGUCAAAGAUUAUUUCGUCUUUAGGCCGGGGACCAUUGAGCAGGCUGUGAAUGACAUCAGGACGGUGGCGUUGCCGUCAGAAGACGGGGAGGUGGCCAGCGUCUGGCUAUUGGCAGAGAUUGACCACUGGAACAAUGAGAAGGAGAGGCUUGUCCUGAUCACUGAGAGGUCUUUGCUGGUGUGCAAGUAUGACUUCAUCAACUUACUGUGCGAGCAGGUGACCAGGAUCGCCCUCAAUGCGGUAGACACCAUAUCCGUGGGGGAGUUUGAGUUCCCCCCCAAAUCACUCAGCAAGCGAGAGGGCAGUGGGGUGCGAGUGCAGUGGGACAAGCGUCCGAGGCCGUCCUUCCUGAACCGCUGGAACCCCUGGGCCACCGACGUGCCCUACGCCACCUUCACAGAGCACCCCAUGGCACACGCCCACGAGAAGGUGGCCUCGCUCUGCCAGCUGGAGAACUUCAAGGCGCAGCUGAUCCAGGCGGUGAAGCGGGCCCACAAGGAGAACCCCAUACCGGGCCGCUCCAACGGGGUGCUGCUGCUAGAGCGCCCCCUGCUGAUCGAGACCUACCUGGGCAUCAUGUCCUUCAUCAACAACGAGGCCAAGCUCGGAUACUCCAUGACCCGCGGCAAGAUCGGCUUCUGAGAGACAGCUCUU